ACUGCUGUACGGACACUUCAGACAGACAUCAGUCUGCUUUAACCAGCCAGCGCGCGGAGAGACGUCUCUGACCGGGUUUCUUGUCACUUCCAAGCCAAAAAUCCCUCCAUCUAGUCGCUGGGUGAGAUACGGAGCAGAGCCAUGGCGGGGGACGGUUCGGACCAGCGAGCCUUGCAGUAUGAACAAACUUUGAUGUAUGGGCGUUACACCCAGGAACUCGGGGUGUACGCCAAAGAGGAGGCGGCCAAGCAGAGGGAGAGCAGGCAGAAGCGGUCGUCGGUCAGUGAGCGCAGCCGGAUCCUGGACCUGCCGGAGUGCGACAAGGGACGCUGCUCCAAGUGCCGCAGUUGCACAGUUCGCUGCCAAAAAUUCCUGAUCUCACUAGUCAGAGAGGAAUGGAUCUUCCUGUUCCUGCUUGGACUGGUAACGGCCCUCAUCAGCUGGGUGGUAGACAUCUGUAUUGCUGUCUGCCUACAAGCACAGAAGUGGAUGUAUGAUGGUCUGGACAGUAAUGUGUUCCUGCAGUACCUGGUCUGGGUCACCUGCCCUGUGGUCUUUAUCAUCUUAUCUGCCGGCUUCACACAGAUCCUCGCUCCCCAGGGUGUUGGUUCAGGCAUUCCCGAGAUGAAGACCAUCCUGCGAGGGGUGGUGCUGAAGGAGUUUCUCACUUUCAAAAUGUUUGUGGCCAAAGUCAUCGGUCUCACCUGCGUCUUAGGCAGUGGCAUGCCUCUGGGCAAGGAGAGUCCCUUUGUGCACAUCGCCAGUUUGUGUGCUGUUCUGCUCAGCAAGUUUAUGUCUCUGUUUGGAGGAAUCUAUGAGGAGCUGGGUCUAGUAGGGAUUAAGGACUUCAGUCUCCUGGGAACCAAGAAUGACUCGAGGAACAUCGAGAUGCUUGCGACAGCCUGUGCUGUGGGACUGAGCAGCUGCUUUGCUUCCCCCAUAGGAGGUGCUGCAGCCUUGGCAGGAGCGGUCACCCACACCGUUUCAACUGCGGUCAUUGUGUUUGAGCUGACUGGUCAGAUCUCCCACAUCCUGCCAGUGAUAAUAGCUGUUAUACUGGCCAACGUCGUGGCUCAGUCUUUGCAGCCAUCAUACUACGACUCCAUAAUCAGGAUCAAGAAGCUGCCCUACCUCCCAGAGCUGGGCUGGGGUCACCAUGAGAAAUACAACAUCCGUGUGGAGGACUUCAUGGUGCGGGAUGUACCGUACAUCACACUCAACUGCUGCUACCGAGACCUACGCAACAUCCUGAUGUCGGGACAUCUUAAGACUCUGGCUUUAGUGCAAUCUGCAGAGUCAAUGAUCCUGUUGGGCUCCAUAGAGCGUGCCCAGCUGCAGUCGCUGCUCUCCCAGCAGCUCAGUCGCAGCAGACGCACGGACUACAUCAUGGAACAAGCUGCAGCAGAGAAAAAACGCCUGUCUGAUGAGUCGAACAGCGAUAGUGAGGAUGGACGCCAGCGGGCCAGCCAGGAGGUCCAGGUUAGAGGUCCUUAUUGA